CGCACUUAUAGUGUGUUCUGCCGCACAGUGUGCAGUCGGCGAGAGAUGUUUUGGUUGGAAUUUUCAGAGACACCUUGUUUUGCUAUAGCCUAUAACUAUUCCUGUCAAGGCAAACACGGUCACAUAACCGUCUGAUCUGGACGACAAGCUGGGAUUUAAACAAACUCAUUGGAUUCAAAAGAGCAGUCAAACGUGUUCUGCGAGUUAUUGACGCUAUAGAUGGCCAUAAAUGCCACGGAUUCCACGCACCCUGAGAUCCAGUUGAUGUCUUUAGUGUGUGUCUAAUCUGCAUGACAGACGUUCAAGCUGUGUCCGGCUAAUCCCAGAGACAUGACGAUUGUGGCACGAAGCCCAGGUACCCCUGGGGCUGUUGAGACUCCAACUCAACCCCAGCCACAACAGACAACAACAACAACACAGGAGUCACCAGGACAGCAGCAGCAACAGCAGCAACCAUCACAGCCAGAGCAAACGGAAAAAGUGACACAAGAGGAAGGAGGGGCCGGACAGUCUGAUCCUCCGGCCCAGGAAUGUGCGGACGAUCAGGAGCCGGACUUCCCGACGGCCGAGCUAGCGAAGCUCGAUGAGAUGAUCAACAGGCCGCGGUGGGUGGUGCCGGUGCUGCCGAAGGGUGAACUAGAGGUCCUGCUAGACGCUGCCAUCAAGUUGUGCAAAGCUAAUUUGGACACGAAAAGUGAGCCCUGCCAGAAGUUCUUCAGGGAUGGCCUAACGACGUCUUUCACGAAGAUUUUAACGGAUGAAGCCGUCAGUGGCUGGAAGUUUGAUAUUCAUCGUUGCAUUCUAAAGAAUUCGGAGAGACUCGUAGAACUCUGUGUAGUAAAGCUGCCACAUGACUGGUUCCCACUGCUAGACUUGCUAGCCAUGGUACUGAAUCCAACCAACAAGUUUCACAUCUACAAUGGCACGAGACAGUCGGAAACUGUUGCCCCCGGGUCUCAGCUGGCAGACGAUGAGCUAUUUGCUCGACCACCGGACCCUCGUUCUCCACGGGGCUGGCUGGUGGACCUCAUCAAUCGCUUCGGCAGCUUGGAUGGAUUCCAGCUUCUACUGGACCGCUUUCAGAAGGGUCCUCCUCUAAACGUGCCUGUGAUAGCCGCCCUCAUUCGCCCCUUUGGUCUGUGCAACGAGCUGCUGACACAGCACACCGUACAGAAAUACUUCGUGCCCGUCAUUGAAGUUGUACCCGGCUACCUAGAGACAUUAACGGAUGAUGAGCUGAAAAAAGAAGCAAAGAACGAAUCAAAAAACGAUGCAUUAUCCUCGAUUAUCAAGUCACUGAAGUAUUUAGUGCUCAGGAUUCCUGGACAGGAAGAGAAACUGAAGAGCCUAGAAAUCUUUCGUCUAAAGAUGAUUCUAAGGUUGCUGCAGAUCUCCUCAUUCAACGGGAAGAUGAAUGCUCUGAACGAGGUAAACAAGGUGAUCACGAGCGUCUCGUAUCUGUCGCACCGACACGGCACCGCCGAGAUGGAGGGCUGGCUCACCGCCGAGCGCAUGGCGGCUUGGAUACAAGAAAACAAAGUUCUGUGGAUAGUACUACGCGAUAGCCUGCAUCAACCACAAUAUGUAGAGAAACUAGAAAAAAUCGUUAGAUUUAUCAUAAAGGAAAAGGCCUUGACGCUGGAAGAUUUGGACAACAUCUGGGCGGCUCAGGCAGGCAAGCACGAAGCAAUCGUAAAGAAUGUCCAUGAUCUUCUAGCGAAGCUUGCGUGGGACUUCACCCCCGAGCAGCUCGACCACCUGUUUGAGUGCUUCCAGGCCCACGCACAGCGGACUCCCCAUCUGUUCUACAGACAUGAAAUCAUAAACAAGCUGCAGAAUGAUCACACCUUUGUCAUUCUUGUUGCUGACAAUCUGUGCAAUUACAUGAACAAAGCACGAAAAGUCAUUAAAGAAAAUCCAGAUAUCGACCCGAACACCAUCAUGCCAGAUAGCAGAUACACACACGUACAGCAAGUGCAAGAACGGCUCAACUUUCUCAGGUUUCUUCUCAAGGACGGCCAGCUGUGGUUGUGCGCGCCACAGGCAAGACAGAUCUGGCUUUGUCUCGCAGAAAACGCUGUCUUUCCCAGUGACAGAGAGGCGUGCUUCAAGUGGUUUUCUAAGCUAAUGGGCGAUGAGCCGGACUUGGACCCGGACAUCAACAAGGAUUUCUUUGAGGAGAACAUCAUGCAGCUAGAUCCGAGCCUAAUCACCGAAUCCGGAAUGAAGUGUUUCGAUAGGUUCUUCAAAGCAGUAAAUACCAAAGAAGGAAAACUUAUUGCCAAGAGGAGAGCUUAUCUGAUGGACGACGUUGAGCUAACAGGGCUGGAUUAUUUGUGGCGGGUGGUGCUGUGUGCAGGGGAGGAGAUUGCCCACAAAGCAAUCGAGCUGCUGCGGGAAACCUACACAAACCUCGGUCCCCGGUUACAAACGAACCAGGUGGAGAUUCACGACGACUUCCUGCAGUCGUGCGUCGACCGGCUGAAGGCUGCCUACGACACGAUCAGCGUGCUGGAGAAGGACAAGGGCAGCGUGAACCGCAUCCGGCAGGAGACGACGCGCAUGGUGCGCGUGCUCGUCGUGCUGCGCGAGUACAUCAGCGAGUGCGACAACGAUUACACCGACGAGCGAACCAUCCUCCCCAUGGGCAGGGCAUAUCGAGGCAAGCACGUGACACUGCUGGUGCGUUUUCCUAACCACAACAGGCAGGGGGAGGACAUCGAGAUCUGGUCGCACACAAACGACACUAUAGCAUCUGUGAGGAAUCAAAUUCUGCAAAGGGUUAAGGCGAACAACGGCAACGUAAAGAUCGAGUUGUUUAUCAACGGUGAGGUGAUGGAUCCGAACGAAGACAAGAGACUCGUCUCGCAGGUUCCUCUCAGGGACAAAACCGUAAGCGCGCCGACAACGUCUCUAAUGGCGACGCAACAUCCAUACGCGCAGUUCUUGUUUCAACUCGCCGAUCUGGGCAGCUCGCUGCAGAUGCCGCCGCUGAGAGACGGAGCGAGGACCCUGCUCAAGCUGAUGCCAGCCGACACGCGCACAGUGGAUGAGCUGAGGGCUCUGUGCCUAGAUCACGCCAAGCUUGGUGACCAGUCCCUGUCGCCUUCUCUAGAAAGCCGAUUCUUCACCACGUCGGCUUCCCAGGUUUUAUACAAUCUCGAGGUUGUUUAUACAUUGUUAAUGCCGGCACACAAUCCGAUGGCAGACGAUGCUUUCGAAUUCCAGCACAACUUUGUGCGGAGCGGAGGCGUGGCAGCCAUUCUUGGUAUGCUGGUCAAGAACAACUUUCUCCCCAAUGCAGACAUCGUCACGAAGAGGGCCGCCUACCACGUCGUGCUGAAGAUCUGCAAGGUGCUGCUGACGACGGUGAGUCACGCGCUCGUGCAGGUCGUCGCUGAGGCGUGCCAGCCCGAGACGCAGGCGCCGCCCGUCACGGCGAGCACGCACAGCCACGCCGUCGUGCUGCAGCAGGCUCUCCACCACCUGCCGAACCCGAGCGCGGAGUGCAUGGUGCGCAACGUCGCCGUGCGACUAGGCCAGCACCUGGCCGACCAGGCUAUAAAUAGCUUGCCAGAUCUGUCAACAAUUAAGGCAGUGCAAAAGAUAUCAUGGGCAGUGUCAAGUGGUUCACUCUGUCUUCUCCAAUCAUCUAGUGAAGAACUGCACAAGGCAUAUGAGAAGCAGUGCAAACAGCCGGACACUGAGGACAUACACGUGGCACGUGAGGCAGUGGAGGUGCUCACUCUCUGUCUCGCGCUCUGCCCCCAGGCCCUCGACUCUCUCGUCAAGGACAAGCACUUUGUCAGCUUCGUCAUAGACCUGCUGCUCAUCUGUAAAAAUAGGUCUGUGAGAAUAACGGCAGCCGAACAGUUCCUGCUGAUGGCGACAAAGUGUUGUACCGGACACCAGUCACUCUGGUUCUUCAUUUCACUGCUCUUCCCCGUUCUCAGUACGACGGUGAUGGAUAACGCUAAGAACUCGCACGAGUACUUCCAGCUGCUGUGUCGUCUGCUAAACUUCGCCUGCGCUAGUAACACUGUUCUGCCCAACGUCAACGCCCUGCUGAACAGCGAGCUGCAGUGGCUCAAACGCCUCAAGAACGAGGUGCAGAAGCAGGGAGAGUGUCUCGUGGAGGAGGCGUUGCUAGAAGGUCACCUUGGCAUCACCAAGGAGCUGCUCGCCUUCCAGACGCCCGAGCAGAAGUUCUUCAUAGGUGCCGAGACGAGCGGUCCGGGCAUGAUACAGGAGAUCGUCGAGGACUUUGUGUUCCCGGCAUCGCGACUCGUGCUCGUCUCACAGAAGACCGGCGGCGGCGGGAGCGCGUCGCGGCAGAACGCCGUGCCGGUGUGUUCAAGUGCACUGACGACGAUUGCUGCGUACGAGCUGCUGGUCGCGCUCUGUACGGGAUGCACACUCAACCUGAAGCUGCUCGCGCAGAUGCUGUCCAGCAUGUAUUAUACAGGUGAGUCGAUCACAGGUGUUACACGGGUGAGGUGUCGCAGGUGUUACACGGGUGAGGUGUCACAGGUGUUACACGGGCUGUGGGGCGAGCCGGUGAACCUGCGUGAGCAGCACGACGCGCUGGAGUUCUUCAACAGCCUCGUCGACAGCCUCGACGAAGCCCUCAAGUCCCUCCAGCAGAAGCCGCUCAUGUCCCGCGUUCUCGGCGGCUCCUUCGCCGACCAGAAGAUCUGCAAGGAGUGUCCGCACAGGUAUUCACGGGAGGAGCCGUUCACCGCGCUCAACAUAGAUAUCCGGCUGCACAGUAACCUUGUCGAGUCAUUAGAGCAGUAUGUGAAGGGAGAUCUGCUCGAGGGUGCUAACGCUUACCACUGUGAGAAGUGUAACAAGAAGGUUGAUACAGUGAAGCGACUCUGUUUGAGAAAGCUACCUCACGUGUUGGCGAUUCAGCUCAAGCGAUUUGAUUACGAUUACGAACGGGAAUGUGCAAUUAAAUUUAACGACUACUUCGAGUUUCCACGAGAAAUAGACAUGGAGCCGUACACGGUGCAAGGUCUCGCGAAAAUCGAAGGAGAGGUGAUCAGUGACGAUGAGGUGGACGUGUCUCGAGGGGUCGUGUGCAGCAAGUAUAGGCUUGUCGGAGUGUUGGUGCACAGUGGUCAGGCCAGCGGAGGCCACUACUAUUCCUACAUCAUGCAGAGGAACCAGGACGGCUCGUCUAAGUGGUACAAAUUUGACGACGGUGAGGUGUCGGAGUGCAGCAUGCAGGACGACGAGGAGAUCCGCAACCAGUGCUUCGGUGGAGAGUACACGGGAGAGGUGUUCGACCACAUGCUGAAAAAAACGUCGUAUAGGAGACAGAAGCGCUGGUGGAAUGCGUACAUCCUCUUCUAUGAGCGCAAGGACAUGGCAGAUGAUGUACUAAAGGGCCUGCAGGAUCUCAAGAUAGAGAGCAAGUUGAAGAUGCCGGCUGCCAUCGACAAGUGCGUGCGCAAGGAGAACGUUCACUUCAUGCACAGCAAGAGUCACUUCAGCGUCGAGUACUUCCAGUUCAUGAAGAAACUGAUCAGCGCUAACGCCCCCUACGUCACGCUGGGCCCGGACCAGGAGAAGAUGAGUGCUGACAGUGAGGAGUUGGCGAUGACUAGCAUUCAGCUGGCUUCCAAGUUCCUCUUCACCGUUGGUUUCCACACGAAAAAGACACUCAGGGGUCCGGCGAACGAGUGGUACGACGCGGUGUGCACGCACAUGCGUUACGCGCGGGCGGCGCGCGGCUGGUUCGUGCGCAGCGUGCUGUUUGCACACGCAGAGCGAUUCUCUGAGUACCUGCUCGAGUGCCCGUCGUCGGAGGUGCGCACUUGCUUCUUCAAGAUACUCGUCUUCCUCGCCCACUUCACCCGCGACGACGGCCCGUGCCCGCCGCCCAACCUCCCCGACGCAGUGCAAGUGAUCGACGUGAAUGCCACACUGAGUGAUUACAUCCUGCAGGCAGUGCUGUCGCUGCUCAAGCAGCAGGUGUCCGAGCACAGCCGCCACCUCACCCAGUACUUCUCUCUCUUCCUCAUGUAUUCAACGCUGGGCGUGCCAGAGAGGACGCAGCUGCUGCGGCUCGGUGUGCCCGCGACGUUCAUGCUGGUUGCGUUGGACGAGGGACCGGGUCCGCCGAUCAAGUACCGCUACGCAGAGCUGGGCAAGCUCUACCAGGUCGUCUCACAGCUGAUACGCUGCUGCGACGUCGCCGCGAAGAUGCAGUCCAGCCAGCCGGUUGAUACAGUGAAGCGACUCUGUUUGAGAAAGCUACCUCACGUGUUGGCGAUUCAGCUCAAGCGAUUUGAUUACGAUUACGAACGGGAAUGUGCAAUUAAAUUUAACGACUACUUCGAGUUUCCACGAGAAAUAGACAUGGAGCCGUACACGGUGCAAGGUCUCGCGAAAAUCGAAGGAGAGGUGAUCAGUGACGAUGAGGUGGACGUGUCUCGAGGGGUCGUGUGCAGCAAGUAUAGGCUUGUCGGAGUGUUGGUGCACAGUGGUCAGGCCAGCGGAGGCCACUACUAUUCCUACAUCAUGCAGAGGUCUCGUGUGAACGAGGCUGACAUCAUCUCCCUCGCCCCGCCGCCGCCGCCGCCGCCCGCGGAUGUCGCGUUGAUCAUGCUGUGGCGGUCACUUCUAGUGAUCGGUCACCUGCACAUAAAGGACAAUUUUGGGUUUGGCUUUGCAGGCAUUCCAGACGACCGCGAUGGCCUGUUCGACACGAUACAGCGUUCUAAAAGCCAUCACCAGAAACGCGCCUAUCAGUGCAUCAAAUGCAUGGUGGCGUUGUUCUCCAACUGCCAGAAGGCGUACGAGUUGCUGCAGAGCAAUGGUGAUCUGAAGCGCAAGUGGGCUUGCUCCGUUGAGUGGCUGAACGAUGAGCUAGAGAGGAGACCAUACACAGCCAGCACACAGUAUCCCUACAACAACUGGUCUCCGCCGGCGCAGUCUAACGAGACGUCCAAUGGCUACUUCCUCGAACGGUCGCACAGUGCCAAGCUGACUCUUGAGAAGGCGUUCGAACUCUGCCCUGAAGAGGAGCCUGAGGAGUCCGCCAUGACCGACGGAGCGGAGAGCCCGCAGCCCGACGAGACGCGGCCGCCCUUCUCCCACCCCCAGCACAGGCUGCACCAUGUACAGAACAAUCAGCAGCCACAACAGCAGCAGCAGCAGCAACAACAGGUGUUGGCAGGCGGCAGCGGCUUUCCGGGCGUGGCCAUCCACCCGAACAACACGAUCAACAACGCGCUGAACCAGACGCCGCGCGUCACCUCCGUCUCGCAGCCCUCUUCACACGAGAACUCCGACGCCGGUGAGGAGGAGAGGGACGAGCGCGAAGAGGAGGAAGAGGAGGAGGAAGAGGAAGAGGAGGAGGAGGAGAAAGAGGGCGUUAAGAGCGGAGAUCACUGAAUCGUCGCCGCCGGCUGGUCGACCGCGCGCUCCCCCCGAGCCUCCCUCCAUCCCCCGCCGCUGCCUGGCCCCCGCGGCAGUUGCAUCGUCUUACAUUAGUGAAGAUGCAUCAUGGGCAUGUGCCAUCGUAGAAGGGUGCCAUCGUAGCACGGCGAGGUGAGGUGAGGGGAGGGGGGGCGGCAAUGUUGAUGCUUUAGCAAGAACCGCCCUCACACUGCGCGCCGUUAGUCUACCGGGGUGGCACUAUCUUUACUGACGCUUCGUUCGUCGUGACUGCUAGCGAUUGUAGUGUGUGAGGUCACCUUGCGUUGUCGUGCAUGUUUCGCCUCGUUGCUGCCGCGAUAGGUGGCAGCACGUUAGUCUCGUUGCGAUACGGAUGCUGCGCGUGGCCGCUGGUUGGCAUGGUGACGACUGCAAUGGCUGAGCGUGUGUUGACGGUUCGGUUUACGGUUAACCGACGACGAGAAUGGUUUGUGACGUCACUACUGCAGUCACUGCUUACCCUCGAGUUAAUUUGUUUUUGCGCGCAUUACACAGUCUUACUAAACCGGUUUUUUGGCUCGGUGCGUUUUGUUUGAAAUCGCAUCGACGCAGCAUGCGCGCGUCGCGGCAGAAGUAGUCGGCCCUCUGGUGGGAAGCUGCGUGUUUGUCGACGGCGAUGCGGAAGGGAAGAGGUCAAAGGUCGUUUCCACGGGCAUCGUUUCAUUGUCACGCGCGACGAUGACGACCGUGACGUGGGUUCGUUCGAAUACCGCAGAAUGCCAAGCUGCAGUGCUACUGCAGCGUAGGAACUCUACACAGUUGCAAGUCCCACGGAUGCUGGUACAUAGCUUUAAUCGGUGCAACGUCGGUGCAUCUGAGAGGCUCGUACAGCCGAGCGAUGCUAAUGCACUGAGUGCAUAGUGGAUUCUGAGCACGCACGCGUGAGUGGAUUUCACACUUGCAGUGCGCACGCACCGUGUGUGGCACCGGUUUAUGAAUUUCGUUGCACAAUAAGUAUGAACGUAGCAUUACCUGGCUGUGUGUAGGCAUCGUCUGUUUUUAACGUGCAGGUAAAGCUGCAGUAAUCUAAUUGGUGUUGCCAUUCGUUGCAGUCGAAGUUCUGUUGGCUAUUUGUAUAACGAACACACUGUCAUAAAGGCCCCCAUAUGGAAUUUUGUAGUAUUUUGUAUCUCUGGCUGUAGUUAUCCAUAUGUGACACUAAUGUAUAUUAUGUAUAUGUGUUGAAUAGGCUUGUCCAUGUAGUUAAUAAGGCAAUAGCGGAUGUCAAGAACGCAUGAACGAAUUGUGAUAAGUUUAGUAGCACUGUACCAGUGGUAAAAUGGUCCGGUUGUAAGAUGGGCCGGAUUUCGACACUUGCUAUAAAGGAAAGUAAAUAAGAGUACUUUUAAGUUAUUUAAAGUC